AUGAGAAUAACAAUUCUCUUUGUUUUCAUUGCAUGUGUGGCCUUAUCGCGUGCCCGACUGCGUGAUAGAAUAGCCAAGACCAGGCGCUACAUCAAUAAGGCACCCGAUGCCCGAGGAAACUAUUAUUAUGCCUUCGACACCACGAAUAACAUACAAGUUCAAGCUGCCGGCAAUCCUUUGGGAGUAACCGGUUCCGUGGGCUAUGUCUCACCUGAAGGCAAAGUCAUCUCGCUCACCUACACAGCUGACAGUGAAGGCUAUCAUCCGGUGGGAGCUCAUUUACCUACGCCUCAUCCCAUGCCAGAUUAUAUACGUCGUUCCUUGGAAUAUAUUCGCUCACAUCCUCCAAAGCCUUCGCGGAUACCAAAGCCUCGCAGAAAACCAAUCAAAAAACUUGCGUCCCGAAGAAAAAGUGUCAGUCUGAGAAAAAGAGGGAAAAGAAAUUCAACCGUUUCCAAACGAAAAUGGUUUAAAAAAUCGACCAGAUCUUAA